UCCACAACACACCUCGUUCAACACAAGCAACGCCAUGCGCACCGUCGCCCUCCUUGCCGAACUUGCGAUGCCCAUCGCCGCCGUCUCCUUGGCCGCGACCCCACCGUGCUCGGAGAACUGGAGUCAGUGCAACGGACAGAACUGGCCCUUUGGCGUUUGCUGCAAGGACGCCAGCUUUGUCUGCAACAAGAAGAACGACUACCUCUCCUUGUGUGAGCCCAAGAAGAAGGCAGAAAUGGCCGCCGACGCCGCGGAAAUCAACGUCUGGGGCCAGUGCGGCGGCAACGGCUUCAGUGGCAACUAUCGAUGCGCAGACGGCAGCACGUGCAUCAAGGUCAACGACGCGUACUCGCAGUGCCAGCCGACGCCGCCAAGUGCCAACGAGAUUGCGACGUGGGGCCAGUGCGGCGGCAGCAACAACAACUUCAAGGCCAACGGCAAGACGUGCCGCGGCGCCGAUACGUGCAAAGUGCACAAUGCGUACUACUCGCAGUGCGUCCCCAAGAAGUAGGAAGACAUACCUAGCCGGCCUCUAUUCCAUUUUUCGCUCCGCGUAAACUCAACGCGACAACUCCAUUCUCUCGUCA